AUGCUUUCUAACUUUGGCCAAAAGCAACAAACAAAUAGAAAACAAACGGAAAAACAAACAACCUAUGAGGUUCCAAAUGAUUCCUUAACACAACCCAACCAUGAAAACAACAACGCGCGAGAAACAAAACAUAAAAUCAAAUUCCCCACACCGCCGGAAGUAUCGCCCGGCAGAAAUUACGAAGCGACAGAUUCCAAACCCCCUUAUCCGCUCCCCAGACCCUUCCGCGUCGAGGGGGAAAGGGGUGGGUGGGACGGAAAAGAAAAAAACAAAAACCCCAAAUCCUUUCCAUUCGUUGAAACCGAGGCCCUUUGA